CUUGGCUCCAAGAUGACCAAAAAAAGGAGAAACAACGGUCGUGCCAAAAAGGGCCGCGGCCAUGUGCAGCCAAUUCGCUGCACUAACUGCGCCCGCUGUGUACCCAAGGACAAGGCCAUUAAGAAGUUCGUCAUUCGGAACAUCGUAGAGGCGGCUGCCGUCAGGGACAUAUCCGAAGCAAGUGUCUUCGACGCCUAUGUGCUCCCCAAACUCUACGUCAAGCUGCAUUACUGCGUGAGCUGUGCUAUUCAUAGCAAGGUGGUCAGGAAUCGAUCUCGGGAAGCUCGGAAGGACCGAACACCCCCACCCCGAUUUAGACCUGCUGGUGCCGCACCGCGACCUCCACCAAAGCCCAUGUAAAGUGACUUCAUAAAGAUAGAAGAAAACACCUUCGGAAAAUAAAAUGGAACUUAAACUUU